AUGGAGCGGCUGAAGUCACUAGUCAACAGUGCCUUGACAGAUGACUUGACGACCUUGUCGAAGGCGAUUCACAGCGAAAUCCUUGAGAUGAGAGAACAAACAGUGCAACUUUACAAUCACACAACGCAGAUACAUACAUUUGCGAAUCAGGAGACGCAGAGCAGACUAUCACGGUGGUUGAACAUACCGGACCCAUCCAUCAACUAUCAUGCGGCGCUCAAGAAGCGGCACCCGGAGACGGGGCGGUGGUUAGUUGACGGUCAAGAUUUUGCUGAUUGGAAAUGCUUGCCGUUUUCUUUGAUGUGGCUCCACGGCAAUGCGGGUUGUGGCAAAACUGUCUUGAGUGCCGCUGCGCUACAUGACAUUCUCCAGCAGCAGAAAUCUCAGCCCGACGUUAUGGUGAGCUACUUCUACUUCGACUUCAACGAUGCCGAGAAGCAGCUUUCCAGAAAGGCGAUCCGAUCAUUACUGUUUCAGUUCGCUCUGCAGGACUCCCGAGCCCUUGAGGAUCUCCAAAAACUACAUCAAGAUUGCCGCAAUGGACACCAGCAGCCACCUGAAGACCGGAUCAGAUCAUUGUUUUGGGAGGUACUGGCUCGUCCAAGGCCAAAGUAUAUUCUUCUUGACGCACUGGAUGAAUGUACAGACCGUGAAGAAUUGUUGAUCUUUAUCAGCGACCUAAGUGACUCAACACCAUCAGAGCUCCGUAUCCUAGCCACCAGUCGUCGAGAGAGAGACAUCGAGGACGAGUUGCAUUCAGUGGCAAACCACUGCAUCGACAUCCAAAGCGCCCUGGUUGAUAUCGAUAUUCGAGUUUAUAUUCGCGAUCGGAUGGCCACAGACAAAAAGCUGAAGAAGUGGCCACCAUCGGUACAGAAUGAAAUCACGGCUGCAUUAAUGGAAAAGGCGGGUGGCAUGUUUCGAUGGGUCUUUUGUCAGCUAGCAUCUAUUCGCCAGUGCAUCAAACUGAGUACCCUCCGAAAGACUCUGUCGUCCCUACCCAAGACCCUGGAUGAGACAUAUAGUCGAAUUCUACAAGGUCUCGAAGGGGCUGAUCAGCUACAGGACGCUAUCAAAGUCUUGAGAUGGCUAUGUUUCUCCAUGCGUCCUCUCCUACUGGAAGAGAUAGUCGAAAUUAUUGCAAUCCAGGAUCAGGGUGAGGGUGGAUUCGACCCACAAGACCGCCUGCCCGAUCCUAGAGAUGUCAUGGUUGUUUGUUCCAGCUUCAUCAGCCUAAGUUCUCCUGCUGUGAAGGACAACCGUGGUUCAGAGAGCGAUACUGACAAGGAUGUGACUGACGAGGAUGACACUAAGAUCCAGGUUCGGCUGGCCCAUUUUUCAGUAAAGGAGUUUCUAUUAUCGGAUCGAUGUAGCCUAAGGCCGGAAUUCGAAGCAUGUCAUUGCCACCGCGCCAUUGGGGAGGGCUGUUUACAUUAUUUACUACACCUUUUCCAGAACGGACCUCUAAGCGAAGAGGUCGUUCACGAGUAUCCGAUGGCUGACUAUGCAGCAGAGCAUUGGUGGCAGCACACACGGAUGAUCGAUGGUGUACUUGGCAAGCCACUAUUGGAUCUCGCGGUAUUGUUCUUGACGGGUGAGGAGACGAGUUUACGGCCAUGGCUACAACUUUACGACAUUGAAACCUCAUGGGACGGGCAACGGUUCAGGCCCUGGCAUGAGCCGGAUGAUCUAGGCUCACCGCUUUAUUAUGCGUCAGUCGCAGGAGUGACAGAAGUUGUGGACAGGAUGAUGGAUCAAGGCAUCGAUGUCAAUGCUCAAGGAGGAACGUUUAGCAACGCACUAUACGCAGCAUCAAUCCGUGGUAAUGUUGCGGUGGUGCAGCUGCUCCUGGCUGCCGGGGCAGAUGUUAAUGCUCGAGGAGGACGUUAUGAUAGUGCACUGGAGGUAGCAUUAGUAAAUGGCCAUGAACCGAUAGUGAGACUGUUGGAGGAGGCUGGGGCAGUUUGGGAAACAUAG